CGCUCAUCAGCGGGAAUGGCGGAGACCGUACGCUCGCUAUUCGACUACCGGGAGCCGCCGACGCUGGACAGCGACGGAGAGACCAGCAAACCGCCGCCGCCGCGAGGACGUGGCUGUGGAAGGAAGAGGAAAGGGACACCGGUGAAGGUGUGCGACAGAGUCUUCGCCGCAGAGGAUGAGGAGGAGAGCAUGUCUGAGAACAGCUAUGGACCAGAGAAAGGUGAUGGUCAUGAGGACAAACACAAAGUUCCUGCUGCUGAUGGACCAUACUAUGAAACACAAUCUGCUCAGCUUUGUCUGAGCGAGGAGGGCUCCAGUGGAGGGAGAGGGUCUGUCUCGUACCCCCCACCACCAAACUGCCGCAUUCGUGAAGUGCACUGUGGAAAUCAAGUGCGACUGAUCGUCAUCGCCAUCCGUGACAUCACUAAAGGGGAGGAGAUCACUGUGGAUUAUAGUUUGACUGAGUGGGGAGAAAACGCUUUGGGUUUUCAUGGCACUGUGCCUCCCAGUAGCUUUGAUUGUAGCUCGGACCAGGAGAGCCACGUUAAAAAGGAGGAAGAGUCCAGCCCAGUUCCACUCUCUCUGACUGUGACAAAAUACCUCACCCCUUCCUGGUCCCUCUCUCCUUCCUCCUCUCACUCUGAGCCCAGCGAUUCAGACUCAGAUAAUGGCAACGGAAAGACCCGUACACGAACCCCUCACCGCCGCAAAAAGCACAAACCCCUCUCGUCUCCAGCUGCUCAAGCCAAGAGAAAAGCAUCUCAGCAACCCCCAAGCCAUCCUGCUUCAUUUCCACACUCUGUCUCGACCUCCCCGCUGCAGCCAACUGCUCCCUCCAGACCUGUGUUUAAGAGCCCGAUGCCUGCAGGAGUUACGGCUAAAAGUGUCAGUGUGUCAGUGGGUCGUGGGCAAAGCACCAUGGCACAAAAACAACGCUGUAUUUACUGCGGCCGUCACUUCCGGUGUCUCCCACGCCAUGUAGAAAAACAUCACUCCCACCUGCCGAAUGUGCACAUUGUCCUGGAGCAGGCAAGGGCCUCUGGUACCCCUCCUUCUGCACAGUCACCUCUCCCAUCAACCAGCAAACAUCCCCAGUGCACCCAAGCACCAGGUGUGGUAGUGGGAUCACCACGAUCUCAUCCCUCUUCUUCUUUGUCUCCUGUCAGAAGAAGCCCUGCUCUCACUAGCCCUAAUCGCAAAAGUCCCGCCCCAGCUCCGUCUACUCCACCUAGGAGAGGAGGCGUUCCAGUAUCUGUGUUAAAGAGGAGCCCACCUACACCUGGUUCUUCUGCCAAAAUAGGACGAAAAAUGAAAAAGGAGAAAGAGGAGGUAGAGAUAUUUGAGAAGACUAAAGAGACCGUGCCAGAUCCAGUGUUCGUGGACCAGAUGAAGGAGUCGGAAACUUCAAAACAAGAGGGAGAAGACAAUGGAGGAAGAGAAGAAGAAAGCGGAGCCGAGGAUAAGAUCGAUCUAUUAAGUUCAAGUCGUCCCCACAUGAUCCCGCUUCUUUCCUCCCUGUCCUCUCUGGUGUUGUACCUACGGAGGCUGCAGCACUCUGCCUUCAUCUCUCUGUCCCGCUCCCUACAGUCAGCUGAGGCCUGGCGUCUCCUCUGUCACUCCAGUCUGGCCCUUCUUAUCCUUUACAACCGCCGGCGUGAAUGCGAAGUCUCCAAACUCACCAUCACAGAGUACCAGGCCCGCAUUACACACGUCAUCCCUGGGUCUCCAGUUUCCCCACCAGCUGUAACUCCACUUGAGGCCUCACUCUCACCUUUCGAGCGAAUGGUCCUCCCCCAUCUUCCUCGCGUCGGAGUCCAAGGGAAACGUGGCCGUGUACAACCCCUCAUCCUCCCACCGCAUUCAGAAGCCUGUCUGGAGAUGCUUUUGCAGACUCGUGCAGGUGUGGGAAUUGAUCCACAGAACCCGUAUGUGUUCGCCCGGCCGUUUCAUUCGCCAGCCACUCCUCUUCGCGGGACAGACUUACUCCGCAGCCUAGCUCGGUCCAGUGGGUCACGGCACCCGCGGGCACUGACGCAGACACGUGUUCGCAGGCAGGUAGCAAUACUUACACAGCUGCUGAUGCUAAGUGAGGGCGAGGAGGAAAGCCAACGCGGGGCUGCCAUAAAGAGAUUGGAAAGCUUCUUGGAGAAGGAGUAUCACGUGACUCAAAGCUGUGCAACCAUUGGCCAGGACCCCGGGUUGAUGGGCCUGAUUGGUCGGGUGGUACUAUGUGGAGAGAGAGACGGCGUCCUGUUCCGAGGAAUGAGUUUACAUCACAUCUGUCUGGAGUUAGAUGUGUUGUCAGGAAACUCUGCAGACUCGCUGUCAGACGAGUCUGAUGCUGAGCAGAGCAAAGAGAAACCAGAAGCUCCUGCAGCCACCACUAUGAUGAAGAAAACCACAGGCAACAGCAAAUCCCCUCGCUCUAAGAAGAUGAACGGCAGUUCCUCACACUCAACGGGACGCAAAAGGUCCUCAGGACAGUCCAAGCCUGGUAAACGUGGUGUACUGAAGCGGCCUUGGUCUGAAGCGGAGCGGGCAGCUGUCGAGACCCACCUGGUGCAAAACAUCAUGGAGCUGCGUGUGCCCGCCAAAGCAGACUGCGAGCGGUGCCUGGAGCUCUGCCCUCUGCUGGUCACCAACCACCGCGACUGGAGGGCAGUUAAAUUCUACUGCCACAACCGAAUACAGCUGCUGAAGAAAAGCCAGCAGAGGCAGAGUCCACCUUUGCUGUCCGUCUGCUGAGAGCCCAGUCGUCGAGAAACAGCAGAUGUAGAUAAAGGACGUUAAGAGGUGCUAAUCGAAAAUAUCCAUAUGCUACAGUCACAGUACCAAUGCUUUAAUUAAUAUGAUGCUGAUUUUGUGUUCAGUGUGUGUAAAAGGGAAAAAAGGUACGAUUUGAGACUGAAUGCACACUUGUCUUGUGUACUUUUUGAAAAUACUGUUGCAGCUACAACGAAAGAACACUAACUUUUUAUUUAUCUGCACAUUGUACCGAUUGUACCGUGUUUGUUUUUUCUUUCUUCCUCUUUUGCUGGCUUUAAUGUAGAUGAUAUUUGAAAGUCUGAAUGGCUUCGUUCUAUGGAACAAGAUCAGUCUAAAAAAUAAUACAUUUACAAAUUAUUAUUCAUACAUCCACAAACACAACAUUUUUUACAAAAUUCAAUCUGUAAGUUCAAAACCCAAUUCGUAAAUACACAAAUCCAAUUUGGAAAUUUAAAACACAAUUCCCAUUUACAAAAAUCCAAUUCGUAAAUUCAAAACAUGAAUCGUAAAUACACAAAUCCAAUUGGUAUAUUCAAAAGGCAAUUUCGUAAAUACACAAAUCCAAUUUUUAAAUUCAAAACACAAUUCGUAAAUACACAAAUCCAAUUGGUUAAUUCAAAACACAAUUCCCAUAUACAAAAAUCCAAUUUGUAAAUUCAAAACGCGAUUCGUAAAUACACAAAUCCAAUUGGUAUAUUCAAAACACAAUUCGUAAAUACACAAAUCCAAUUGGUAUAUUCAAAAGGCAAUUCGUAAAUGCACAAAUCCAAUUGGUAAAUUCAAAACGCGAUUUGUAAAUACACAAAUCCAAUUGUUAAUUCAAAACACAAUUCCCAUAUACAAAAAUCCAAUUUGUAAAUUCAAAACGCGAUUCGUAAAUACACAAAUCCAAUUAGUAUAUUCAAAAGGCAAUUCGUAAAUACACAAAUCCAAUUUUUAAAUUCAAAACACGAUUCGUAAAUACACAAAUCCAAUUUGUAAAUUCAAAACACGAUUCGUAAAUACACAAAUCCAAUUUGUAAAUUCAAAACGCGAUUUGUAAAUACACAAAUCCAAUUGGUAAAUUCAAAACGCGAUUUGUAAAUACACAAAUCCAAUUGGUUAAUUCAAAACACAAUUCCCAUAUACAAAAAUCCAAUUCGUAAAUUCAAAACGCGAUUCGUAAAUACACAAAUCCAAUUAGUAUAUUCAAAAGGCAAUUCGUAAAUACACAAAUCCAAUUUUUAAAUUCAAAACACGAUUCGUAAAUACACAAAUCCAAUUUGUAAAUUCAAAACACGAUUCGUAAAUACACAAAUCCAAUUUGUAAAUUCAAAACGCGAUUUGUAAAUACACAAAUCCAAUUGGUAAAUUCAAAACACAAUUCCCAUAUACAAAAAUCCAAUUCGUAAAUUCAAAACGCGAUUCGUAAAUACACAAAUCCAAUUCGUAAAUUCAAAACGUGAUUUGUAAACGCACAAAUCCCAUUCGUAAAUUCAAAACGCAUUUUGUAAAUGCACAAAUCCAAUUCGUAAAUUCAAAACGCGAUUCGUAAAUACACAAAUCCAAUUCGUAAAUUCAAAACGCGAUUCGUAAACGCACAAAUCCAAUUCGUAAAUUCAAAACGCAUUUUGUAAAUGCACAAAUCCAAUUCGUAAAUUCAAAACGCGAUUCGUAAAUACACAAAUCCAGUUCAUUUGUUCAAAAUAUUUAUAAUUUUCAGAAAUUGUGUGUUGUAUUUAUGAAUUGAUUUGAAUUUACCAAUUGGCUUUAAUAAAUGUGAAUUGUGCUGUGCAUGUAUGAAUUUUAAAUUGUAAAUGUAUUAUUUUUGUGACUGAUCUGGCUCCAUACGUUCUCCCUCCGGCAGACUGAGCAUCUUGUGCCUUCAUGGGAGUCAAACCUCAGUUGUUUUCACAUUCGUAGAGACCACUUUUCUGCCAUGACUUUUAAUAAAACGAAGAAAUAUGCAUGAAAAAUAGAGGAUAAAAAUAUCAUCCAACUUCAAAUUUAGUCUGCCAUCUUUGCUCCAUUGCCAUUUUGAAAUGUCCAACAUGAUUAAUUCCAUGAAUAAGUUUCAUAAAUGCCAUUUUGCAUUUUUACUGUCCUAUUAUCUUAAGCUUUACUCGAUUUUAUAUAAAUAGUUCACUCACGUUGUCAGACCAGUGUGAGGUUUGAGUGAACGAUCCUUUAUAAUCGUAAUCGCAUUAAUAGAAGCGAGCAGAAUAUUAUUCCAAAUAUUUCCGUUUGUAUUCCUUGAAAGUGAAACAAGUUUGGAACAACAUGAGGGUCAGGAUUUAUUUAUUUAUUUGCUAAAAUGUUCCAUUCAUUUCAAUCCCUAAGGGUUGUUAAUAAACAUAGUUAAGCUAUGAUUUUAACUUGCAUUUCAUUGCAGAUGUUGAUCGGUAGCUAGUUCUGCGCUGAGAAAUCAACGUUCUGUUACUAUAUGAAUGAUUCGUUUGUUUCACAUGUUUGCUCUGCAUUCAUUCAUCCAUCAAAUCUGUAUCAGAACUGUGUUCAACACACACACGAUAACCACACGUAACACCUCAGUUUAUACUUUUUUAUAUAUGUGUUCUUCUGUUAUCUGUCAUUUCAGACUUCGCAGUGUAUAUAUGUGCACACACACGUAUAUAUUGUCGUUACUAUCAAUAGUGGUAUUGUUAUUGCUCUUAAAUCUUAGCGUGGCAAGUGUUUUUCAAUUCCACUUAAUGUACAUAUUGAAUGUAAAUAUUUGCAGAAAACAUAGAGCAUGGUGUAAAUACGUUGUAGGCAGGACAAGCUUGUUUAUGUGUUGUCUGUGUGUUUUUCUAAGUUGUCUGAAGUAACAAUAAAAACGUUUUGUAUGUAUUGUGGACUUCUGUUAUUAACUAUUCUUGUAUUCUAUUUAUGAUACUAUUAAAGCAAAUUUACAGAAAAAAAUUCUCAUUUAUUCCAAAGACAAAUAUUUCUGGGCUACGUUAAUUCCAAUAAUCGAAUAUAAUGUGGAAUUGUUGAUUAUUACAUUUUAAAUGAGCCGUUUUUCAAUUGGUUUUGUAAGCACAGAACAUAAUCUUCUGUCUGUAUUGAUCACAGUGUCGGCGCACUCUGCACUGAAGGCUUAGAUUGCAUAGUAGUUAUUUGUUUUGCUGCAGUGGAAGAGAUUUGUUUGUAUUAAAGGUUGCUGUUAAUAAAGCCCCUAUAUUUAAAA